AUUCUCUCAGUUUGGUAAGUAAUUGCGUGGAUAUCGAUGUAGACUUUCUCUAUCCGAAUGGACAGACCACACCCUACUCUCACUCAUCGUAAAGACUGACCUUCGGCAUGGGUUCAGUCCUUGUUUGUGGCGAGCUAAUCCAUUUUUCCUUGGCCAGAAGGGAAUUUCGACGCAAAUUUGCCUAUACUCUGACUCAACUGUAUCACGCUGAAAUUAAGCAAUCAACCCUCUCCUCAGGACCUUUGAACAAAUAGGGGCCUUUGCUUUAAGGCUCCGACAUGAGACACCUAAAAGAAACCAAACCCAAGGAUCUUGUAUUUUAGCAUGAGUCAGACCAAAAUACUUCUUGUUGGAUUAGGUAACAAGACACUUCCAAACACACGCCACAAUGUUGGAAUGAUGGUACUUGAUCAUAUUGCCCAACACUUCAAUCUGGCCUGGAAGCAGAAUACCAGCUGGAAAUCAGAUACGACACAGACCAUUCUCAAAAUUCUUUCGCCCAAAGACGAAUUACAAGAAUACCAUGUCACGUUUCUGAAACCGAGAAAGUUUAUGAACAUUAGCGGAUCCUGUGUGGCUCAAGCAGUCAAGGAUCUAUCGAUUCCUCUAUCUAACUUGUACAUUUUUCAUGACGACAUGCAACGCGAUUUAAGCAAGAUCAGUCUGAAAACAGGCGGUUCAGCCAACGGACAUAACGGUGUCAAAUCUGUCAUCGAUCACUUGAGACAGCAUGAAUUCAAUAGAGUGCGUAUCGGUAUAGGACGCCCACCAGCAGAUGAUAGAUCACACGAUGUCGUUGCUGAUUAUGUCCUGAACAAAUUUACAGAACAGGAGCUGGAUCAGCUCCAGACAACGGUUUUUCCAAUGUGGACAAGGGAUCAUGGGUUAGAACAAUUGAUGGAUACAACACGAUUUAUGGCAUUUUUAAAAGAGAGACAAAAGAAGAGCAAAAAGGCAAAAAAGAAAAAAGAUGAAUGGGGUGAAUGGAGUGAAUAGAGAGAGAGUUAUAGUUUAUUAGAAUUACAUGAAUAAAUUAAGAGUACAUGACAGUUACAGUCUUCUAGAAACCGAGGCGAGUUAUUUGUUUUUAGUGUACAAGAAUGUACCAUUUAGCUUUUGAACAAGGCUGCAUUCAUUAUCUUUGACCAGGAUAAAGGUAGUAGGAUCGUUUAAAAUUAUGACCCGGGAGAAAGUGACAUGUCGAUGGUUCUUUUUGUACGAAUGAACAGAGGAAGAAUGUGAAAGUGGAGGCAUGAGUGAAAAAAGUGAAAAAAGAAAAAAAAAGAAAAG